AUGGCCAUCCAAGUCGUACCUCUCACCGAGGCAGAUAUUCCCGGUGCUAUCGAGGUAAUCCAGCAAGCAUUUGCAGACGAUCCCUAUUUCAAAUGGGUCUUUGAUGCGUCCAAGUUCAACAAGCAAAGAAACUCCGAUUCACUCACAGCACGCUGCAACUGGGGCAUCAAGAAUGCUCUCUUCCACGUCGCAAAAGAAACCCAAGACCCAGAUACACAAUCCCAAACCCCCACGCCAAUCCUUGGCGUAUCCUGCUGGCUAGCGCCACAUCCACCCACGCAACCAGAAAGCUGGUACUCCUGGUUCCAGUCGUGGACACUAUCAUUCAACCAGCUGCUCAACAACAUUCGAUACCUCGGACGCGGGGGGCUGCGCACAAACCGGUACUGGAUUUGGAAACAGCGACAGGCUGAAGCGCAGGCUGCUAUUUGGGAUGAUCCGCGCGGAUACUAUUUCUGUAAUAUUGUUGCUGUUAGCCCGGAGGCGCAGGGUAAGGGGGUUGGGAGGUUGUUGUUUGAGGCUGUUACGAAGAGGGCCGAUGAGGAGGGUGUUAAGUGUUAUCUGGAGAGCUCGAAGAGUGUGCCUAAUGUUGCCAUCUAUGAGAAGAUGGGCUUCCAUAUGAGCAAGGAGAUGGAGUGUCGGGAUGGGGCAGAUGCUUGCAUGUUGUAUUGCAUGGUCCGUGACCCCAGGUCGGAGUGA